CAGUGCUCUGGGGGCUACCGGAGAGAACCGAGACGUCGAUGACGGACCGUCGUUCAUGACGCUUCUUACGGUGAUCACGCAGAUUGCUGUGAGACUGAGAAGAGUGGGACGAUCUUUUCUCUCUCUCUGUCCCUCGCUCUCCUUUUUUUUUGUUUUGUUCGGGGAACCUCCAUCCUGGUGCUGAUGCAGCGGAGGAUGCUGACGGCGCUUUAACUGCGGGAUUGGAGGCCAGUUUCCGCGGUUGGGACUUUGACGCAGGCUCAUUGUUGAAAGAGUUUCCAUUUGUGCAACGUUGAGCCACCGACAGGAUGAUCGAGGAGGGCAGCAAGCGAGGCAAGGCCGCCGUGGAGAAGAGGCAGCUCUUCAUGGAAAUGAGAGCUCAAAACUUUGACGUGAUCCGACUGUCGACGUACAGGACAGCGUGCAAGCUACGAUUCGUGCAGAAGCGGUGCAAUCUACACCUGGUGGACGUGUGGAACAUGAUCGAGGCCUUCCGAGACAACGGCCUCAACACGCUGGAGCACCACGCCGAGAUCAACGUGUCGCGGCUAGAGACCAUCCUGUCCUCCAUCUACUACCAGCUCAACAAGCGGCUGCCAACCACGCACCAGAUCAACGUGGAGCAGUCAAUCGGACUGCUGCUCAACUUCAUGGUGGCCACCUAUGACAGCGAGAGCCAUGGCAAGUUGACGGUGUUCUCCAUGAAAGCAAUGCUGGCAACCAUGUGUGGAGGCAAAAUUGUGGACAAGCUGCGCUAUAUUUUCUCCCAGAUGUCAGAUUCGAGUGGCGUGAUGGUGUUUGCCAAGUUUGACCAGUUCCUUCGCGAGGUGCUCAAGCUUCCCACGGCGGUGUUUGAGGGCCCCUCCUUUGGGUACACCGAGCACUCGCUCAGGACUUGCUUCCCCCAGCAGAAGAUCACAUUAAACACGUUUUUAGACGUCUUGAUGGCAGACCCUCCGCCGCAAUGCCUCGUUUGGCUACCGCUCAUGCACAGACUGGCUAACGUGGAAAACGUCUUCCAUCCGGUGGAGUGUUCGUAUUGCCGCAGCGAGAGCAUGAUGGGUUUCCGCUAUCGCUGCCAGCAGUGCCACGGAUACCAGCUCUGCCAGAGCUGCUUCUGGAGAGGCCACGCCAACGGACCGCACAGCAACCAGCACCAGAUGAAGGAGCACUCGUCCUGGAAGUCUCCCGCCAAGAAGCUGAGCCACGCCAUCAGCAAAUCACUGGGCUGCGUUCCCAUCGGCGAGCCACCGCAUCCCGUCUUCCCCGAGCAGGCUGAGAGACCCCAGGAGCCCGCUCACAACGUCGUUUUGGAGAGUCCCAGCCGUUUGGACGAGGAACACCGUCUCAUUGCCCGCUACGCCGCACGCCUGGCCGCUGAGGCGGGAAACUCUGCGCAACAAUGUCCUCCUUCCGACUUAACAUUCAACUUUGACGCCAACAAGCAGCAGAGGCAACUGAUUGCCGAGCUGGAGAACAAAAACAGGGAGAUCCUUCAAGAGAUCCAGAGGCUUCGUCUGGAGCAUGAGCAGGCGUCGCAGCCCACCCCGGAGAAGGCCCAGCAGAACCCCACGCUGCUGACAGAACUCAGACUGCUCAGGCACAGGAAGGACGAGCUGGAGAGGCGCAUGUCGGCCUUGCAGGAGAGCCGGCGCGAGCUGAUGGUGCAGUUGGAGGGACUCAUGCGCCUUCUCAAGGACGAGGAGCAGAAGCAGGCGUCGCAGUCAAGCGGCUCCCCGCACUCGUCGCCCAGCCACGGGGCAGGCUGCUCCAUGCCCAUGCCCAUACGCUCCACCUCGGCCGGCUCCACCCCGACGCACACGCCCCAGGACUGCAUGGCGGGCCUUGGGGGCGAUGUGCUGGAGGCCUUUGCUCAGGGUGUACCUCGAAAUCUGCGGAACGACCUACUCGUGGCGGCCGACUCCAUCACCAACACGAUGUCGUCGCUGGUCAAAGAGCUCCACUCAGUGGACGACGGGGUGGAUGAGGAAGAGACGAACAUGAGAAACGGAGGCGAGAGAGGCACCAUGCGAGUACAGAAGCAGUGAAGCCAGAGCUGGUGCAUCGUCAAAUCGGGAACAAUCAACAACGAUGAAACCUGCCGGGCAUUCGCACGUUAACUCGACUGCAUGCUGUCAUCCAAACAGGAGGCAAAAACUAAAGUUUCUUGGCACCUUGCAGGAGUAGCAGGAGGUGUCAAAUUAGCCAGUGUGUUGUCCUGUAAGCUCAAACUCAUUCUGUACAUAUUGACCACGACAUGGCUCUCGUCCCACGUUGCUUUUUAGCGUUAGCAUUGGAUUUGUUUUUAAUUUAUUUUUGCAUGAAGUGACACUUGUGUCUGAUACUGCCGCGGCACUUUGUGGCUUUGCUACACUCGGAGGCCCAUUUAGAUUUUGGGUUGGUCGUCUAACGCUCUUUUUUUCAACAUCCACACUUGCCUGCACUGCGACAAAAAAACAAAAACAAAUGCAACUUGUAAAUUUUUUGACUAAAAGAGUCAUUACGAAUAUUAAUGAUUGACAUUGACAAAAAAUGCACUUCUUUUGUUGAAAGACGACAAGCAGGCCACGUUAGCCGCUACACUGCUGCUACUGUGCACAACACGACUCGACGUGGACGCUUCACUUGUGUUUUGAGUGUGCUGUUUGCUCCCUCAAGUUACGCAAUGAGGUGAGAAGUGCAAUGGAGGUUCAGUCCGCUGCUCAGGAACUGCACAGCUACAAAUUGGGAACGGGUGGAAAGCUAGUUAAAUUCCGUAAGAAAUCCAUCGCUUAAGUCAAAAAGUGGAUAUUUAUUUCCUCACUGUGUGUGUGUGUGUGUGUGCGUGUGAGUGUGUGUGUUUUACCAGGCUGAGAAGGUCACGUAUGUGGACAACUCCUUUGUCCUGCUAUUUUGUGUGACUUCAUUGGUUGUUUGUCUCCUUGUCAGCCUUGUCGUUUGUGCCAAAACUAAAUGCGUUAAAAAUACGUGCGUGUGAAUGUGUGUGUCAGUGUCACCAUUAAUCAUUCACAUAAUGCCUGGACAUGCUUGCAUUUAAAUGGAAGAAUCUAGAAAAAAAUGUGCAAGUGUUUAUUGUACAAGCAGAGCUCAUUGGAAACACAAGCGGCAAGUGUUUUUGUUUGUUGUUUUAAACAAUGUGCAAAAAAGAUGUUAUUUAUUAAAGUCUGUGUGUGAGAUUAUGCUACAGCUAUACAUUUAUGUUUGGUUUUCAAACACUUUACAUGGGGAAAAAGUCCACUAGUCUUUUGUAAAUAAAUCAAAUGUGAGAUAUUAAAAUAAAAUAUUGUUUGGCGGUGGUGUCGUCGUUUGUCACUAUUGGCAAAUCUUACAAGACUGUCCAGGCUGCUGAGUUCCAACAUGCUACCAAAAGCUAAGUGGACAAGAAGAGGAAACUGGUCAUCA